CAUUUUGUCAUUUUGACAGCUCAGUCGGAUAUUUAUGAUUUUGCAGAAAAUUGUUAAAGAAAAUUGAAUUUAAUAAAUAAUUAUUGACAAAAAGCGUAAAUUAACAAAAUAAAAGGAGAAAUGACUGGACCUAAUGUUAAUGUUGCUAGUUACUUGGCUAGUCAAAAAAAAAACAAAAAUAAAGAAUUGGCAGCCGAGUGGGCGACUUUGGAGGAUUUGUACAAUGAAAAAUUAUGGAAUGAAUUAACUAUAAAACUAACACGUUUUGUACGUCAUCCCGCUUUACAAAAAGAGUCAAUUUUGAUGCAAUUGUAUCAAAAUUUUAUACAAACAUUUGAAAUGAAGAUUAACCCUUACGGUUUGGUGCAAAUCCUAGAGGUAGUUGUCGAGCAUAUAUCGGAUAAAAAGGAAGCCAUUGAAUUUUUGACUAAACUUAAAGAUAAAAUUAAAAUUUGUGAUGAAGCCGUUUGGUACAUACAGGUCCUGCAAGGCAAUAUUUACCUUACAUAUUUAAAUGACUUGGAUGCUGCUAAAAACAUAAUUGAAGAACUGCGAGACGUACUGGAAGAAGUUGGAAAUGUGACGCCAGUGCAUGGCAAGUACUAUAUGUUAGCGUCUCAGUACUACCGCCGCGUAGGCAAACAUAGUGAUUAUUAUCGCUGCGGUUUACAAUUCUUGGGUUGCUCUCUGGAUGAAUUUCCUAGAGAUCAAUGGGCACAACAAGCUUUUUUUUUGGGCUUGGCAGCCCUACUUGGUGAUGGCAUUUAUAACAUAGGAGAGCUGUUGGCUCAUCCAAUUUUAGCGUCUUUAAAAGGUAGUCCAAAUGAAUGGCUUAUCAAUUUGUUAAAGGCUUUCAAUGCCGGAGACAUAAAAAGAUUCAAUGAAAUGAAACCUACCUGGUCUAAAAUACCGGAUUUGCUUGCCCAAGAAGUUAAAUUACGUCAGAAAAUUUCUUUACUCUGUCUAAUGGAAAUGACUUUUAAACGUUCCGCUACGCAACGCAAUAUAUCCUUCGAAGAUAUUGCUAAAGAAACGCAAUUACCUUUAGAUGAAGUUGAAUUAUUAAUUAUGAAGGCCUUAGCUCAGGAUUUAGUGCGCGGCGAAAUCGAUCAAGUGGCCGGUGUCGUCAAUAUGUCUUGGGUGCUGCCACGUGUUUUAGAUCGCAAACAGAUAGCCGGUAUGGCCACAACUCUCGACACCUGGAUGGCCAGCAUUAGUUCAAUGGAGAAAUUGAUGGAAACACGUGCUGCCGAAAUAUUGACAAACUAGCUUUUAAAGUAAUAUCACAUCUGCGAAAUUAAAAUUUUUCUAAUUCACAAAAUUACAAUAAAAAGCAUUUUCAAGAAU